AUGGACAGCAGCCCCCUGGAGCAACUGGACGCCGCCGGCUUCCUGCACGUCUGGCAGCGCUUCGACGCCGACGACAAUGGUUACAUAGAGGGGAAGGAGCUUGAUAAUUUUUUUCAUCAUCUACUGAAGAAACUGGGCACAUCUGAUGCCAUAACAGAGGAAAAGCUUCAGAGGGUGAAAGAGCGAUUCAUGUCUGCCUACGAUGUCACUGCAGAUGGACGUUUACAAAUACAUGAGCUUGCAUAUAUGAUCUUGCCAGAGGAUGAGAACUUUCUGCUGCUUUUCCGACGGGAAACACCCUUGGACAACAGUGUGGAGUUUAUGCGGAUUUGGCGCAAAUAUGAUGCUGAUAGCAGUGGAUUUAUUUCAGCUGGCGAGCUCAAAGACUUCCUGGGAGAUCUCUUUUUGCAGCACAGAAAGAUGAUUCCUGAGGCAAAGCUGGAAGAAUACACUGAUACAAUGAUGAAGAUCUUUGACAAAAAUAAAGAUGGACGAUUGGAUCUGAAUGACCUGGCAAGGAUUUUGGCACUCCAGGAAAAUUUCCUCCUUCAAUUUAAAAUGGAUGCUUGUAGUAAAGAAGAAAGGAAGAACGAUUUUGAGAAAAUCUUUGCACACUACGAUGUUAGUAAAACAGGAGAACUGGAAGGUCCAGAAGUGGAUGGGUUUGUCAAAGAUAUGAUGGAGCUUGUCAAGCCCAGCAUUAGUGGUGUGGACCUGGAUAAGUUCCGUCAGAUUCUGCUCCAUCACUGUGAUGUGAACAAGGAUGGAAAAAUUCAAAAAUCUGAAUUAGCCUUGUGUCUUGGGCUUAAAAUGAACCCAUAGAUUUGAAUGCGCUUCACCUAUUGUUUGCAAUGUUUUCUUUGUAAGAACUUACUGCUGCCGGUAGAACUCUUUCAGUGCUGUGUUAACAAUCUGUGUGAUAGUGCUGAACGUGGAAGAUAUAGGCACCUCACUGCUGUAAUGAAAGUGCAUUUGCACCAGGAUGCCACAGAGUGGAGAAUGCAUGAAGGGCCUUUCAAUUCAAUAACUAGAUUCACAUUGUUCAGUAGAAGAAAUUACGUGUGGGGCCUCUGUAUUUUUUAUAAAUAAUGUCCAUAUCCACAGACAUACCAGUUUAUCAAAAAUGGGGGAUGUCGUUCCAUUACUUCCUUCAUAAAAUACUGCCACAAUCAGUUCUUUGGCGUAGGAUGAGUCUUUCCUUAAAAUGUAAGAUUAGUGCUCUCAUACUG